GGACCCAUAGAAGAGAGUUCGAGUCUUUCACUGUCCAGCUAUCAUCAGCAGUUUGUUUCUUAACUUUAUUCUGAAUCAACCUGUACUUUAAAUCGUGACAGAAGUGUGUGGUUCCCCAAAAAAACGAGUGACUUUUCAAAUUCUUUACCAGAGACAGGUAGAGAAAUAGUCUCUCCUGUACUCAUCUUAAUUCAUUGAAUUUUUUUGUCAAUUUUUUAAAAAUACAUUCUAUCGAUUUAAAUUCAUAUUUUAAAAUUACUUUGUCCAAGUGGUUGUGAUUUAAAGCCAACAUGUUACUGGAAAACGAAAUAACUACGUACAAUGAUCAAGCAAUGAAUGUUUAUAAAAACCAUAUAAACAUGAAUGAGCACAAUAAUAAUGUUUCAAAUACAAUCAACACUGAUGACAUAAUAAAAAGGACACCAAUUCAAGACUUUUACGCCGGCCAGAAUAUUUUCAUGACAGGUGCUACGGGCUUUCUCGGUAAAUCUAUGAUCGAAAAAUUGCUCAGAACUUGUCCAGAUCUAUCAACGAUUUAUCUACUGAUUCGACCUAAAAAAAAUAGUAACAUUAAUGACAGAGUUGAAGAUAUUUUUAACGAACCGAUCUUCGAGCAAUUGAAGAAAGACUCUCCAAAAUUACGUCAUAAAAUUGUCGCUGUCUCAGGAGACUGUACUCUCCCUGGCUUGGGAUUAUCACUGGAAGAUCGUAAUGUUCUCAUUAAAGAAGUUUCAAUAGUUUUCCACAAUGCAGCAACUGUCAAGUUCGAUGAAACACUCAAAACUGCAACCGCAAUUAAUGCAGGGGGUGCAUUAGCUGUAAUGAAUCUUUGCAAAGAGAUGAAGAAAUUGAAGGCAAUGAUUCAUGUGUCAACUGCUUAUGCAAAUUGUCACCUUGAUGUUAUUGAAGAAAAGUUUUACCCUCAUCCUUCGAGUUAUGAAGAAGUACAAGUUUUAGUCAAUACUCUUCCAGAAGAUGCAGUGAAUGACAUAUUACCGCGUAUCCUUCAAGGAUGGCCAAAUACUUAUACAUUCACCAAAGCUCUUGCAGAAAAGGUUAUUAGAGAAAACUGUCAGAAUAUGCCAGUUGGAAUUUUCCGUCCUGCAAUAAUUAUAUCUUGUGCUGAAGAACCUGUACCAGGAUGGAUUGAUAAUUACUAUGGACCAACAGGAGUAGCUGCUGCAGCUAUAACAGGGUUUCUUAGGUUUAUGCGUUUUGAUAAAAAAGCUUAUGCUAAUAUGGUUCCUGUUGAUUACACUGUUAAUGCAAUCUUGGCCAGUGCUUGGGAUGUUGCUAUUCAAACAGACAAAAGAGGAGAGAAUCUUCCAAUAUAUAAUUAUGUUUCCACUGUUGAAGCACCUAUAACUUGGGGUGAUUAUAUGGAUCAUGGACUUUCAGCUGGUCGUGAAUUCCCCUUAAAGCAAUCAGUUUGGUAUUUGUCAAUGACUGGUUAUCAAAAUAAAAUACUAAGUUUUUUAGCACAUAUUCUUUUGCAUCUAUUUCCUGCCGUUUUAGUAGAUAUAGCUGCUAUUUGUAGUGGACAUAAACCUAGAAUGGUUAAAGCUGUAACUAAAGUACAAAAAUUUUUAAGUGUUAUACAACCAUUUUCAUUAAAAAAUUGGACUUUUGAUAAUAAAAAUAUUCAAGCAUUAUGGAAACAGUUAGAACAAGAAGACAAGAAGAAUUUUAAAUUUUCUCUCAGUCAUUUCGAUUGGAAGCAUUAUUUGAGGAAUCACAUCCUUGGAGUCAGACUUUAUUUAUUUAAAGAAGAUCUGAGCACUUUAGAAGUCGCACGGAAGCGAUUAAACAGAUUACAUUUAAUUCAUAUAGGAGUUCAGAUAUUCACGUAUUUGCUGGUUUUGUAUUUGAUAUGGAAAAUGUUUACUAUUUUCUUUUAAAGAAAAAUAAAAAUUAUAAGAACAUUAACGAUUAAAAUUUAUAAUUAACUGUACGUGUACAUAUGAAAAAUAAUUUGUAAUGAGUAAUAGA